AUGUUUGCUGUUCCGCAUCUUUCCCACGAAUAUGAUUCUGGGGAACCGCGUGAUUUGAUGAAUCAUGGCGCCACACAUCAGGGAGACCUUGCCACUCCGCCAGCUUGUCCAGUCGGAAUGACGGAUACUACUUUCACUUGGGGGCUUCAGCUUCUUCAACGCAUAGCCUCAGCCAAUUACGAGAUUGUGCCGCCAGUGGUGUCUUCAGAGCUGGUGAAGGGUUUUCCAGCCGUUCACUUGUUGCCGCCAGUCCCGUGGUCCUUUCGCUGCUUGGGCAUUUUGCUGCCUUUUGUGCACCAGAAUCAUUGGACUGUGUUGGUCUUGCAAGUUGAGUCAGCAGGUCUUCAGGCCACGUGCUUUGAUGGCAUUCCGCAUCGCAACGCCAUGGCCGCAUCGCAGCUUGCCAAUCUGAUCGGGAGAACAUGGGGCAUGCCAUGCUUGUCCUUUGCUGAAGUGACGCUUGGGACGCAAAAGGUGGCCCACACAUGUGGCCAAAUCGCCUUGGCUCACUGCGCGAUCCUGUUGCGCCCGUUAUCGGCUUCCUUCGAACAGUUCUUUCGAUGGGCUGACCAGCUCGCGCAAUCCGUGCCGUUCUUGCCGUAUGCUGUCUUUGGUGCAGGAGGGCUCUCUGAGAGCCAGAGUCGGCAGUUGUCUGACACCCUUUUGUCCAAGGGCGUUCCCUCAGAGAACAUCGCUGCCCGCAUCCAAGCGGCUUGUUCCAAGGUUGGCGUGGUGCCCAUUGCCACCGCACUGGCGUCAAAGCACCCGUGGGCUGCACUAAAGGCAGCCGCUGGCAAGCCUGGAAGUGCUUUCAGAUGGGUUUCAACUGAUGAACUCCAGGCUCAAAUUGAUGCUAAGGCUUCAGCCAAAUUCGGCACGACUGUGCCAAAUGGGAAAAGCAAGAAAGCGAAGGCCAAAGGUGUCAAGAAGUCAGGUUCCCCCUUGCUCAUUGACCCUUCCACGUUGCAGAUGAGCCCGGACAGCUUCUCUUCCAACGAUGGACAGCCACUUUGCCAGUUAGCUAUGGACGAGGUGCAGCCCAUGGCACGGGGCAUUUGCUUUUGCACUCCAGCUGAGGUUGCCCCUUUCCUGAACAACUUUAAGUCCAUCAGUGUUGAUGCCCUAGGCCUCUUGACCACCGCAGCUCUACCAGCUGAAGCGGUCGGUGCUGCGCCUGUCACUGCCCUUCGCUAUCCGGCCAUUUAUGGUCCCACUCAGGAGGCCGUACUGAUUUCAGGCAGCCUGGUCCAGCUGGGUGACGCCUCCGUGCAAUUGACCACUCAUGACAUUGCUGAAGUAGAGCAACUUGACACGGUGGUGAUCAAACUCUCGCUUUAUCGUGACCAGUGCUCCAUUGGGUGGGAAAGGAUUUGUGAAGCGCCCAUCCGCGCGCUGCUACAGCAAGUGCCUGAAUUGAGCCUUUGUCAGGUUGCGGGCUGCAAGCAGGACUCGGGUUGUUCAAGAUUCCACCCAGCAGUUGAAGAGCAGGUUGACCACCUCCUGCUUGACAUUUGGGGGCGACAGUUUCAGAAACUGGGUGGGGGCAGAGAAGAGCCUUCCCAAGCGUUCGUCUUUCAAGCCUACAUCCGCGUUCCGGCCUCAGCGGUGCCCCAUCUCCAUAAGAUAACUUACCCAGGCCUCUUCUUCGAACCUCGGGCGGCUGAUGGAUCCGGCCCACAUGCCGGCUACGCCGUCGUUUGGCUCCCGGGGGCCACGGCCGAAGAGGCGCGACACGCGCUUCGCACUUGUGACAAAGCCAUUGCCUUGACGCGACUUGGAAGUAGGUUUGGCGUGAGGGUCAAAGAAACAGACGAAGAGAUUGCCUUCAACAUGCUUCGUCCUGCGCACCCAUUUGUCAAAGUCCGCAUCUCCGCGAAAUACAAGCUUCAUCCACUGCCGUUUGGUUGUCAACGACAAGCCCUACUCAAGAUCCUGCAACACUGGCAGUGGUCUGCUAAGCCACUUCAGCCAGACAAAGGAACUGCAGAAGGUGCUUCUUGGAUCGUUGGUGCCUCUUCUGAGCCGCCUGCCUUGGCCCUACCGCUCGGCGAAAGCCAUGUCAUUGUGACGAAAGUCCAGGACCUUGGCAAUGCCAAGUCCAAGCCCCCUGCCCUGUACGCCUCCUCACGUACCAUCAAACACAUCAGGUACGAUGAUGGACCAACAGACCCUGCCAUUGACCCCUGGAGCGAUGGCCAAGAUCCAUGGGCCAAGGCUCGCCAACAGUUUGCUCCUCCUCCGGGGCUUUCGCUUGUUAAGAGUUCCCAGCCCUCGCCUGGCCCGUCCAAACUUGAACAACUCGGCUCCGAACUCAAACAGGAUCUCAGAAGCCUCAUGCAGACCGAGCUUGCGUCCAGGUCGGCAGGUCAGGACUCAGUCAGUUCGGCGCAGGAGGCUAGACUUGAAAAGCUUGAGGUUGGUAUGAAAGAACUCCAGGAGCAAAACCGUAAAUUUGAAGGCUGGUUUGCCACUUUUGGCAAUCGUGUGUCUGAGCAAGCCACUACCAUUCAAGGAGUCCAGCACACGCUGCAAAGCCAAAGCCAAGACAUCCACAGGCUGCGCUCAGACGUCGAGAUGACGGUCGGCAAUGCGGUUGGCCAGUUGCAGGCUGAUAUGACCCAACAGUUGUCUGCGCAGCUGGCAGGCCAGCUUGAACAAAUUCAGGCCUUGUUCGCAGACAAGAAACCUCGCACAUCUUGA